AAAAAGAAAAAAGAAAACAAGUAAAUAAGAAAAAUGGAUAUGAGGGUUUAAGAAAGAAAAAAAGGGGAAUGCCAAAAACUCUAUAACCGGUGACAACAAGACGACGGCAAGAAGAAGAAGAAGAAGCAGUAGCAGCCGAGUGACAGUGAGCCAUGGUCUCAGCAGCCACCUGGAUCCGAUACGUUGUCAGCAAACUUGAAUACUCCGCCUCUGUUGGCUGGAAGAACUACAAAGGAGGUCAAAUUACAGAUAGAGAAUUAGGCGAUACCAUAUGGAAGAAUUUCUUUCAGGGUAAAUUGACAUUUAUGCACUUUAACAAAGGAGAGGAGAUGGCACCCACACUCGGAGCUCAGGGCGGCACACUUCUUGUUCGGAAGAUACCUUGGGUUGAUCCAACGAAAGUAUUUGUUGGGGAUGUUGUGGUUCUCAAGGACCCUGUAAAGUCAGAUGAUUAUCUUGUCCGUAGAUUAGCUGCCGUUGAAGGCUAUGAGAUGGUGUCCACUGAUGAAAAAGAUGAGCCCUUUGUCCUUGAAAAAGAUCAAUGUUGGGUGCUGGCUGACAAUGAAAACGUGAAACCUAAGCAGGAAGCCAAGGAUAGCAGAACUUUUGGCCCUGUUUCCUUGACGGACAUAGUUGGCAGGGCUAUAUAUUGCCUGAGGACAGCAGUGGACCAUGGUCCUGUUAACAACAGUAACUUUAGCGUCCAGAAGGAUUCACCAGUCCUUGAAGUUGAACUGGAUGUUGAUGAGAUGGCACGAAGUCACAAAGCAUAGGUUGUGUGCUUUGAGGAAAAGAUAUCCUAGGAUUACUGAUUUGGUUGUACCCACUUUUUCUUGUUUCCUCUUAUUUAUCCGAGCGAAAUUCAUUGGAAAAAAUAAAAGUUGUGUAUUAGUGAUUUUGGUACAUUUUCCUUUGACCAGAUGCUGUCAUCCUAAGUGUUGAUCUUUCCUCUCAAUGAGGCGCCGUACGAACUGUAAACCUUUGAGGGCUUCAGUUCUAUUUAGAACGUAUUUCAAGGCUGAAA